AUGGGCUCUUCACUCGAGGUCGAGAAGACGAGCAACAUCUCUGACGACCAGGCAAACGAACUCGUGGCGACCAAGCCGCCGACAUGGCUUACCAAGAUAACGAAGUUUGUCGCCCAUUGGGGGGUGGAGACGAACGGGAUUGAUCCAGUUUUACCGGAGGAGAGGAAAGAUACCAGAAUGUAUCAGAUGUUUUUCGUGUGGUUUUCUGCCAACAUCAAUAUUCUCACGUUUGGUACUGGCUCGUCAGGCCCUGCAUUCUUUGGUCUCGGACUGCGAGAUUCCCUCCUGGUUAUACUCGUCGUGGACCUCAUAUCAUGUGCUAUCCCUGCUUACUUCGCCGUCUUUGGCCCUAAAUUGGGCAUGCGCUCCAUGGUCCUUGCGCGAUACUCUUGGGGAUAUUACGGGUCAAUCAUACCCAGUGCCUUCACUGUCUUCUCGAUGCAAGGGUUCCUCAUCCUCAACUGUAUAGUCGGGGGACAGACGCUUGCAAGCGUUUCGUCUCACCUUAAUGAUACGCUGGGAAUAGUAAUUAUUGGCAUCAUCUCCCUUGUCGUCACAUUCUUCGGUUACCGUGUCAUCCAUUGGUAUGAGACAGUAGCUUGGAUCCCAAGCGUCAUUGCCUUCAUCGUCAUGCUCGGUACGGGAGGACAGCACCUCGGAAGCCACGUACCUCCAGGCGAGCCGGCUUCGGCUGCCUCUAUCCUGUCAUUCGCCACUACUGUUGCGUCGAGUGUCAUCAGCUGGUGCGUGAUGACGCCCGACUACGGCGUGUAUCACACCAGCAAAGCGUCCGCCACGCGUGUGUUCUUGUACAGCUAUGCAGGCUUCCUCGUGGCUAGCCUCGUCGCGCAUAUGCUCGGCGCUGCCUUCGCUGCCGCUGCGCCUGGUGUACCUGAAUGGGAGACAGGCUUCGACAACGGAAACAGCGUCGGCGGCCUCGUUGAAGCUGUUCUUUCACCUGCAGGCGGUUUUGGCAAGUUCCUAACAGUGGUCAUCGCAUUGUUCAUUCCAAGCGCAUGUGCGCCCACGAUGUACACAUUCGCAUCGAGCUUCAUGACCAUUCACGCUUGGCUGGGACGUGUACCCCGUUACAUCUACACGAUCAUCUCCGAGGCAAUUUUGAUUCCAGUCGCCAUUGUUGGCGCGACGCACUUCUACACGACCUUCGUGGACAUCCUAAACGCUAUCGGCUACUGGAGCACCAUCUUCGCUGCCAUCGUGAUCGUCGAACAUCUCACCUUCCGCCAUAAUGACUGGGAGUGGUACGAUCUCUCCCAGUGGAACAGACCGAGAGAACUGCCUCUCGGACUUGCUGCCGUCUUCGCCUUUCUUUUUGCUGCAGGGAUCAUUGUUCCCUGUAUCGAUCAGGCGUGGUACGUUGGGCCUAUCGCGAACACGGGUACCGGCGACAUCGGCGUCAUUGUUGGAUUCGCCCUUGCCGUCAUAUGUUACCCGGUGUAUAGAGCUAUCGAGCGUGCGCUCUCUGGCAGAUAG